GAAGGCUUGCUUUUGGCUGGAUGCUGCUACCAUUUCCAUCUGUCUUUCCUUGGUUCUUCUGAGUCUAAUAACCUUUUAUAGAGUUAGCUGGCUUACUGGUGGCUGUCUUGGAGCUGGCAUCAGGUAGCAGCAAGAACAUGUGGGAAGUGGGAAAGAAUGAGAGUUUGGGUGUAAGAAUAUCUGACUUUUCAGCUGCUUUUUCUCUGAGGUCUUCAACACACUUUCUAGCAGAGCUCGGCCUUGCUUAUCUGGUCAAAGGUGAAAGAAUUGCAGUCAAAAGAGUUUUGAGUGCUCAGGUAACAUCUCUUCAGGCAAGCUUGAAGUGAUUUGUCAAGAUGUUUGCAGCAGCCAGGGUAGUACCUGAUGACUUAAUAUUGCUUUUACUGUGUUUUUAAAUUUUCACACAGAUUAACAUCAAUAGCCAGGAGCUUUGGGAAGAAAUGCUGUGUCUCAAAGGAUUCAUUGUUGUUGAUGUGUUUCAAGCCUGGUGUGGUCCAUGCAAAACAGUAUUGGAUCUUUUCCAGAAAAUAAGGAAUGAAGUUGGCAGCGAUCUCCUGCAUUUUGCUGUGGCUGAAGUUGAUUCCAUUGACAGUUUGGAAAAAUACAGGGGAAAAUGCGAGCCUGUCUUUCUGUUUUAUGCAGGAGGAGAAUUAGUAGCUGCAGUAAGAGGAGCAAAUGCACCACUGCUGCAGAAGACCAUCCUUGAACAGCUGGCUGUGGAAAGGAAGGUUUUAGAACAUGGAGGACAGCGUGUGGUAGUACAAGACAGAGCCUUCUCCAAAGAAGAGGGAAAAGUGGCUGUUCUUCAAGAGCAGUGGAAGGCUAAAUAGGUCAAGUAGGUACAGCUUUAGGAUGCUCCUUUUUGCCCUUAGUAUGUGCGUUUGCUAAAGCUGGAACCCGAAAUGAUGAUUCAGCUGCUGCUGUGCCUCCUUGGGUGCUGGAGGGGCCAUUCGUCCAAAUGGGCACCAAAUGUGCUCUUCCCCAAUCUCUAACAGAGCAGUACUCGUGAUAUAUCACCUUGAAACAGUCUAUGUAGGCACAAAUAAGAAAGUAAGGUAGCUUGGGUGCCUGAUAUAAUUAAAUUAUUUAUCCUUCUAAUGUUUUAAGCUACAUUUGUCAGUACUGACCUUUCCCCUGAGCUUGGUGAGGGCUUUCUUCUGUCUUGAAAAACAAAUACUGAACUAGCUGUCCAUGCUGCUCAGCUGUUCCAGGUGGCUUUUAGAAGAAAACAGAUGCUUGGGCACCAAAUCUGGUUACACCAGCUCUUGCUUUGUCUAAAAUUAGCCACAUAUUCCCAAAGGCUUUUGUCUCUCACCAGACUUCUAACCUACAGUGACACUUGCUCUUGGCUUUGCUGGGAUGAAGCUGCAGUCUGCCGCUGCACCCACCACGUGCUGGCUCCCAAAAUGCUGGGAACUGUAGCAAAACCCACUGAGCUAAGGCACCGUGGGUCUGGAAGGGGUGUAAUGAAUUUUGAUCUUCGUCUCUAAUUUCUUUACCUAUUACUAACUUUUUCCCUUUUCCUUCCCUCGGAGGCUAAAGCACCUGUUGAUUCCCAGCCGUUGUCGCGGAGCAGACGCUGGA